AUGUCUUCUAAUCCAACCGACGAUAAGAAAUUCCCGGCCCCCUCGAGUUCGAACGCCCAUAUGGAUCCCAAUAGCAGCUAUACGCCGAAUGAUAGCCAACUAGCCGGCCUCGUGGAAGCUGCCACUGCUGCUGCAGGUCAUGACAUCCAGCAAUGGACUGCGGCAUCUGCACUUUCCGCCGCAAGUAACCAGCAAUUGGAUGGAUAUGGCACAGAUAUGCAUCUUGGCGACGACGGGUUUGGCGACGCAAACUUCCAUACCCCCAUCGGCAAUACCCGAGGCACAAGAAGUCAGAAUAACCCUCAGAACUCCGGGCUCACGCGAACUGGAACGAAGAAGCGGAAGAGAAAUGAUGAUAAUCUCGACCCUGCUUUAGCUGGGGCCGGCAUAUCGGGAUCGCAACAGCAUGGGACGCAAUACUCCCAACAAGGGCCCCAUGGGUACGGCGGAGAUAACAUGGACAUUCGUCCUGCACCACCUCAAUCGCUGCCCGAGGCUCCUGCCGGUGUUCAUAGUGCCGCUGCCUUAUUCCGGGAGCCUUCUCUUAACAAGAAGCACACUCGGCCGCCGAUGUCGAAACUUUUUGCCUCCUUGGAACUCUCGCCUGAGAACUUCCUACAUCUUCAAGCUGCAGCCAAAGCAUACAUGUUGGAUGAUCAACACCCCGAACGACGAGACUGUGUCGGUCAACGUGGUAAGGGCGAUACUGAAAUGGUGAAGUUACGUCUUUGGAAUUGUGUUCGCAAUUUUCUCGAAAAUGAGGGUAAUGGGGAGCGAUUCUUCGGAGAAAAUGUCGUGAACGAAAACAUGGGCCCGCGAACUUACAUCUGGCCUCGGGACCAGCAAAAAAUCAUCUCAUUGGUGAUUCCUCUUCUUCGGAGGAUGGUCACAAAUGAGCGACAACGCCAAUACGCCAUCGUAACGCGCAAAGGUGGUGGGGAUGAGCGUCGCCGAACCCAGAGCAACGAAGCUUUCCCGCAGUUACCACAGUUUGAGUCCGAUCAAUCCACUCAAAUGAAUCCUCACGAUAUUCGUUCGCAUGAUAUGGCCCAGUCUAUGCCACCUCCGCCACCGCCUUUGCCUCCGCAUAAUGGAUCUAUUGACCCAAAUCAGCCAAUGGAUCUGGGCUUCGCAGACCUUCUAAGUGGUUUCAAUGUGGACUGGAGCGAGAUCUCUAAAACUUAUGAUACAUUUAAUCGUGACUUCGAACUCGACAAUCUGUGGUCUCUCUCUGGACUCCAACAACCCGAUUGGCGUGGCCUCGUGGCGGCAGUCGAUCACCACUACCAAGCCGUCCACAACGGGGACUACACUGAGUGUUCCACCCCUUGCGAGAACUCUUACAUCAAUCGCAUCGUCCAGUCAGAAGCUACAUCAAAUCUCCCUUGGCGGAUUGGGGGAGGAGGGAUAAAUUCCUCAGCGCGUGACGAUUUUGCGCGGAGUAUUACUCGCGACGUCUCUCGAAUCGUUCGUGAAAAUGCCACCAGCCGAAGAGACAACCAGUCCAGUAAUAACGAACAAGCCGAAAUUCAUCACCACCACCAUCACUAUCACCACCACCAGCCGGUCAUAGGCUCUCUUUCAAGCGCUCCUUCCAUCAAUACUGGCGCUUCUCCAUCGACCCCCGGCACCGACAACCAAACCUAUCUUCACCUCAACAUUCUCCAGAAAGGAAAACGCAUCCUUCCACGUAUGGAUAUCCCAGCUGGCCAAUACCCAAACAUCGAUCUUGUUAAACAAGCUAUUCUCCGCCGCUAUGCCGGCCAAAUCCCCAACACAGACAAGACUGAUUCGUUGGAUCAGACUCGAUACUGGACCAUACAAGUCUGGUUGCCAGAAGGCCUUACCCAUAUUGGCAAUAGCAAAGACUGGGCCGUUGCUCUCUUGACCGCAGACACAGUGGAAUGGAUGGAUGGGGUGGUCAAAGUUCUGGUAGACAUUGAAGGGGGCAACAUCCCCCAGUAG